AUGUUGUUUCCAGAGGAUAAUGAUUGCGUGUUGUACAAUCCAGACGAAGAUAGGGUUUACAAACCGACGAAGCCUGACUUUUCAGGGUUUCGAUUCUUGGCAAACUCUGGUAAGUGGUUCCUAGUGGUAGAUCCUGGAUUGAAUCUAUUUAUAAUAGAUUUGUUUAGCGAGAAGAAGAUCCAUCUUCCACCUCUAGAGUCAAUCAAAGGUGCCCGUAUUAGGCUUGAGAGAGAAGGAGAUAAGGAAUUGAUGGAGAAAUUAUUUAGUGGUCGCCCUUGUAGACCUCGAACUGCGGAAGAGCUGAGAGGUGUUUUGUGGGUAGACCAGGACAAACAAGAGUUAGAGUACGUUGUUGUGUGGCGUUUCGACAGUUCCCAUUAUGUAGGGUUUUGCAAGAACGGGUAUGAUCAUCACCGUGGCACUCCAACACACACCGGUCUUGACAUGACCAGUAUUCACAGGGAGUUAAAAGGCUUGGUUGAUAUGAACAUUGCUGUUACAACAUCAGGAGAUGUUUUGUUGGUCCUUACCCUCGCUUACGAGGACUCAGCCUCUACAAGGCAUCGGAUCUUCCACCUCUUCAAGAGGGACCCUACAAUAGAGGUGAAUUACUACUACUGCAACCUUGUCGAGGUGGAUUCUCUAGGUGAUGAGGCCCUGUUUCUGGAUUCGGAGAUCACCGUGCCUGCUGACGAAACCCUUGGUAUCGAGCCAAACUCCAUCUAUUUCACCCGUGAUGACCGCGUCUGCAGAAAGGAACGUAGAUGCCUUGACAUUUGUGUGUACAAUCUUGAAACAAAGACCCUCAAACACUUGCCCGGUCUCUCCAAGUUAAACAUCAAGGAUGCUAUAUGGUUUCUUCCCUCUUGA